GCGGGCCGCGCCUGUCAGCGGGGCGGCGGGAUGGCGGCGCUGUACGCCUGCACCAAGUGCCACCAACGCUUCCCCUUCGAGGCGCUCAGCCAGGGCCAGCAGCUCUGCAAGGAGUGCCGGAUUGCUCAUCCCAUUGUUAAAUGCACUUACUGCAGGACUGAAUUCCAGCAGGAAAGCAAAACCAACACGAUAUGCAAGAAGUGUGCUCAGAACGUGAAGCUCUAUGGCACACCAAAACCCUGCCAGUACUGCAACAUCAUAGCAGCAUUUAUUGGAAACAAGUGCCAGCGUUGCACCAACUCAGAGAAGAAGUAUGGCCCUCCUCACUCGUGUGAGCAGUGCAAGCAGCAGUGUGCAUUCGACCGGAAGGAUGACAGGAAGAAGGUGGAUGGAAAGCUGCUGUGCUGGUUGUGCACCCUGUCCUAUAAACGAGUCCUGCAGAAGACCAAAGAGCAGUGCAAACACCUGAGCAGUUCUUCCCGAGGCAGCCUGCAGGAGAAGGAGCAGUUCAGUAGGCUCAGCAGCGGCAGCCACUAUAACAGCCAGAAAACCUUAUCCACGUCUUCCAUUCAGAACGAAAUCCCAAAGAAGAAAGCCAAGUUUGAUGCCAUAUCUGCCAAUGGUGACAGCGUUCCUUCCUCUCCCGAGAUGCUUUGCCCCCUUAUCCAGAGGGCCCCGUCCACGUUGGCGCAGUGGGCUGCUUCCCAACAGACUGUCGGGGCCCACCAUUGUCCUGUUGCUCAAGGCAUUGACAUCCUGAAUUUUUCUCCGGACCUUGCCCUGGACUCCCCUGGCACCGACCACUUUGUCAUCAUUGCCCAGCUGAAGGAGGAAGUGGCUACUUUAAAAAAGAUGCUUCACCAGAAGGAUCAGAUGAUUUUGGAGAAGGAGAAGAAGAUCACGGAGCUGAAAGCCGACCUGCAGUACCAGGAAUCCCAGAUGAGGGCAAAGAUGAACCAAAUGGAGAAGACGCACAAGGAGGUCAUGGAGCAGUUACAGGCCAAGAACAGAGAACUCCUGAAGCAAGCAGCUGCCCUGUCAAAAGGCAAAAAGCCUGAGAAGUCAGGAGCAAUAACCUCCCCUUAGAGCCAAGCCCCCAGCCUGGGAGCUUUCCCCAGCACUAGCCGAGGCGUGUGGGAGGCCUGCAGGAUCGCUGGAAGCCAAACCUCUGUCUUGUGGACUCCAUGGGAUUCCUGGUGCGUGUUACCUUCUGACAGCAUGUUUGAGUGUGGCCAGUUUCAGUCCAUGGGGAGAGGUCCCAGCCUUCCUAAAUCCCCCCUGACGUACUGUUUUCUGGAAGAAAUCUUUUCCUAACCAGUUGCUACCACUGCCAGCCCUUUCCAUGAGCAAACAGGAACCUGCUGCAUUAGUGGCUCCUUGCUGGUUCCCAGCCUGCUGCUGUGAAGGAAUUGCCAUGGCCAGUUGUUCUGCAGACAAAAUGGGAGCUGCGUGUGGUGGGAGCUGGAUUUUUUUUCCCUUGAACUGUUCCUUUUUCAAAAGAGAGCUGAGAACUCACCAGCCCAACAGGUGUUCCUGGAAGAUUGUGCCACUGCUGACGACAGUUGAUCCAGCUUUUUGAAGAUGCUUCCAAAAUGGGGGCCAUGUAUUUAUCUUGGAAGAUUUUUGUGGUUUGUUUUGGUUUUUUUCUUAUUUUCUCUGUCAACUUGGCAAACCAAACUGCCUGGUUUUGCGUUUCCUAGUUUUUCUGAUCAGAGCUUUUGGGUUGGGAGCCAAAGUGGAGUGAUACAGCCCCCAACCCACCCGGAAUUCCCCCCAUCCCCCCUGCAGUGCCCUGGUUAUGUGGUGACCUCUUGGAUUUUGAUGAUUUCUGCAGCUUGGUGC